UCCAUCUGUACAAGGUGACGCAGUGACCCCAGCGGCUUCACUGCUGCGUAGCAUGUAUGCAAGGGAGAAUGAAGGUACUGCAAAUGAUGUGGACGAUCCAGACACCCGCUGCCAUUUUGACUGGCCCUUAUCAGCUGAGGCACAAUCUCCCAACAUGAGUGCAGCUGGCAUGGCUGAUGAGCGGACCCACACGCCAGCAACAACUGUUGAUGGGCCCUCAACAGAAGUUCGUGGCAGCCAUACACCAUCACCAGAGCCUGAGCUAACACAUGGCACGGCCAAUGAGGCAAGCCACACGCCAGCAACAAGUGCGGAUGGGCCUUCCCAAGCCGCUCAUAAUCGCACACCAUUGCGAGGUCUAUUCGAUUCAGCCAAGGUUCUCUGCACCUUCUGCACUUUUUCACAGUGCGCUCCACCUAGGUCCUCGAUUCCCGAAGGUGCAGCGGCGCCCCCCGCACCAACGUCCUCGAUUGUGGCGGGUGCAGGUAAGGUGCUGCCGCGGUGCCGCGAACCCUUGAACCUCCCAUCACGAGGGUGCAGCAUUUUGGGUGCAGCCACACAACCUGCUCCCCGCGCAUGCUUGGCAGACAGCAGACGACAACGCGACCAGCAGAUGACAAAUAUGCCGGUGGUCGAGGACAUCGACGGUGUCCAGACCGAAAUUUUUCCCAUCGUGGACGAGUUUGGAGUUAUCGUCUUUGACGGCGACGCCGAACUCUACACUACCACAGAUGGGAGACAAGUGCGGGUAGUUUGUGCGUCGGGUCGUCUUGCCAAUGCUGACCCGACAAACGAGCAUGCCAUGCCGGCUAUGCCUACAACGCAGCCAACACCGCCAAACAAUGCUGAGCCGACGACGCAGGCGUCCGCUGCUGCAGCUGCUGCGCUUUCUCCGUGUCGUGCGCGUCGCGACGACUCGGAAGAAGCUCUAUGGAGCGGUCGGAGGACCAGAUUUUUGAUUGAAAAAUAUAAGGAGAAUUUCAGAAACAUCGGCAAGAAGGGAGGACUGAGGAACAAAAAGCAGUUGUUCCUAUACAUGACGGAUGCCCUGAAUGAGGAAUUCGAGUGCUCCCUGAGUGUGCUCCAA